GACGAGGUGUCAGGGCAUUAACAUACAAUGCUGUUGUCUUUUUUUUUUUUUUUUUUUUUUUUACGUAAUACGUACUCGAGCAGCCAGGUACUUAUAGACUCACAAGGUUAGUGAGAUGAAAGACCUCGUGACUCUUCAGCCGGAUGCACUACAAGUUUUCUCUUUUGUCAGCCGAAGUUUAACUCUGAGAGUUGGAGAAUCGUCCUGUGAGCUACAAGGCAUCUGAAUUCAGAGCACAGUGGACUGUUGUAUUUUUGUGAGAAAAAGAGACAUAAAAAAAAUCAUUUUUGUUGGUAAAAUCUGCUGCUUUUCUCACGCCUGUGAAGAAAACUGCUUUUCAACUAAGGCGCCCAACUGCAUCUAUUCUGCCAUGAACGGUCAGCGUGUGCAGAGAUGCUGGAAAUCUGCUGCCUGGAUCCUCACCUGCUUGCUGGCAUCGUUCUUACUGAUCGCCGUCACCAGCUUCUUUCCAACCGAAGAUAUCCAACUCCAACGAAGAUCAGUUUCCACCAACACCAUAAAUGCCUCAGCGACGACACGGUCUCAAGUGCGGCUGGUGAACGGCAGGAAUCCGUGCGAGGGCCGCGUGGAGGUGCUCCAUAAUGGCACGUGGGGAACGGUGUGCGAUGACGACUGGGACAUGGUGGACUCCAACGUGGUGUGCCGGCAGCUUGACUGCGGCAUCGCUGUGGCCGUAGGAAGCAGCUCCAGGUUUGGCCAGGGCUCCGGUCCCAUCCUGCUGGACAACGUGGACUGUAAAGGAGGAGAGAUGGACCUGAGUCAGUGUGGGAAUCAGGGAUGGGGCAUCCAUAACUGCUACCACUAUGAGGACGUGGCUGUCACCUGUAAAGGCAAUAAUGUCGUCGAACCUCGAGGCCUGGAGCCCACCACACCGUCGCAACUGAUCACUGCUUUAAGAGACGGAGCCGUACGUUUGGCGGGGACGUCGGACCGCUGUCAGGGCAGGGUGGAGAUCUACUACCAGGGCAGCUGGGGAACGGUGUGCGAUGAUGACUGGAGUAUGGCGGACGCCGCAGUCGUCUGUCAACAACUCGGCUGCGGACAAGCUGUCGGCGCACCUUCAAACGCCUACUUCGGCUACGGCACGGGACUGAUUUUGCUGGAUAACGUCCACUGUAAUGGGCAUGAGGGCAGCCUGGCCACCUGUUACAGCCUUGGGUGGGGAGUUCACAACUGCGGACAUCAUGAGGAUGCAGGAGCCAUUUGCUCAGGUGCCAGUUCCACCGUGGUCCCAGUUAUCAACACAGAGACUAUAGGCAGAGAAUUCUUCAUUCCUGAAAGCACAGCAGUGACGGAAACACCAGCGGCAGUAAUACAUGAAACAUUAACCACGACUGUCACAACAUCCUCAACCACAAAAGAGAAGCCGAGCAUCCGUUUGGUGAACGGCGCCGACAGCUGUCAGGGCCGAGUGGAGGUCCUCUACUUCACCAUCUGGGGAACGGUGUGUGAUGAUGACUGGGACAUGGACAAUGCUCAGGUGGUCUGCAGGCAGAUGGGAUGCGGGCCACCUAUUGCAAUCAAAACUAUGGCUUACUUCGGAUACGGUUCCGGUCCCAUACUGCUGGAUAACGUCGACUGCAGCGGCAGUGAGCAAAAGCUGUCCGACUGCUUCAAUCUGGGCUGGGGACAGCAUAACUGCGGCCAUUUCGAAGACGCUGGAGUCAUCUGUGCACCACCUACGGAUUUUGCAGUAGUUGGAAGAGACUUUGUCUUUGGGAUAACAGAUAAACCUCUUACAACUACAAGAGCAACUACAACCACAACACCAGCAGACAGUACCAUCAGGCUGAUUGGGGGCAUUAAUCGCUGCGAGGGCCGUGUGGAGAUUUACCUGAGAGGAGAAUGGGGAACCGUGUGCGAUGACGCUUGGGAUAUUGCGGAUGCGAAGGUGGUGUGCAGGCAGAUGGGCUGCAACCUGCCUAAAGCCGCCCAGGUGAUGGCCCAUUUCGGUCCUGGCAGGGGCCCAAUCCAGAUGGACAAUCUGAAAUGCACAGGCACAGAAGCUACUCUCACUCAGUGCUCUCACAUAGCAUGGAACGUCCACAACUGUGACCAUUCAGAGGAUGCCGGCGUCACAUGUGGACUCUAACAUGACUCCACCCACCACUGCAAGCCACACCCACCAGCCCGGUCCAGUGAACACAGUGGGAGCGGAAGAGUUUCUAGGACUUGUAUACAUUUUGUACAUAACACCUCACGCCAACCCUGAAGAAGAGAUUUUAAAGAGGAAAGAGUGAUUGGGUGUGAAACAAGAAAAAAUAAAUUAUGCUUACACUGUUAUAAAUAUCUGUAAUAAAUAUUAUGAAUGACAAUUCUAAUUAUGCACUUUAUAAACUAUAAGAAUGUGUACACAUAGGUGAAUAAAUAUGCUGAACAUAAUUUAAACUAAACUAUUGAUAUACAGUGGAAACCAAAGUUUUAGACUCUUUUUAGUCUGUCAUUUUGAUUGCAAGCACCAAAUUUAUUAUGCCAUACAAAAACUUAUGUACUGUACUUCUAGUACUUUUUUCGAUUAUAAAACAAUUUGAUUCUUAUGGAUCUGUUUCCUGAAUGCUAAGAGUAAAACAUCAAAUAUUUCUAUUUUAAAUAUUUGAAGAUUGUUGUGUUGCAUAUCUUAAAAGUUAAGAGUGUAUUUGAAUAUCUUUGCAUUUUGUUGAAUGAAAAAUAACAUUCAUUAGUAAGUAAGGAAAAAAACAAUUCUCAGAAAAUCAGAAAAAAACUGUUCUCAGGUCCAUUUUGAUUGGGAAAAAUAAUCGCUGCAAUGCAAAAAAAAAGAAGUUUUAAUUUUCUUCCGUCUUUUGUUUCUGUUCCAUUUUUUUCAGUAGAAUGCAAAAGAAUGCAAAUUAAUGGGAUAAAAGCAAUAUUUGUACUGAGGAAACUAAACCAUGUCAUUGGCUUAAUUGCAUAACUUCUUAGUGUCUUAGAUGUUAUUUUAUGAGCUAGGAAUUAAAUUUGGGUAAAAAAAAAUGAUGGUAAUGUUUUUAAUAUAUAAUAUAUAAUUAAACAUUUGGCAUAUUGAAAUUUUAAAAAAGAAAGGAAAAAAAAAAUUCAGAAAAUGUUUUUGAUGUCACUUUUUUUUUACUGUACAGGCUUUCCUAAAAUAUUGGGGUGAAAUGUCGACAUUUUUGUCAAUAUAUAUGGAAAUAAAGUAUGCUAUGAAUCUAUUAUGUAUUCUUAACAAAAGUGGACUAAAGUUGUUUUUUCAAUUGAAAUAUCUAUACAAUUCUCUCAAAAUGACGUUAUUUAUUUUUCCUGAAGGUGCUCUAUAUAAUAAAGGUUUAAUUAUCUGUUUCUCAAACAAAUUUGAUAAAACAAUGAAUAUGCAGUACAUUUCCUGUUUAACAUAUAAAACUCUUUCUUCAAUAGAUUUUCUGUAGCCAAAAAGUAGGUACAAAAUGCAUCUAUACAGAAAAUGAAAAAUAA